AUGUCACCCCUCAAGCAAUUCUGCCGUCCGUCGAAUCGCAACGUGCGACUGCUGCACUUCUGCAUCGCCCGCCUCAAGGUCCUGUUUCUGCCCCAUCGCUCAACCAAGCUUUUACCCUAUACGCUCACCUUAAUUAGCCUGGUUUCGUUCUCCAACUCUCGCCUAACUCAAAAAGGUUUAGUCUUUGGCGCUAAUCGCUGCCAGACUACGCUCAGUCUCCGGCACCCUCCUAUCCUCCUGACGACGCUAAAUUUCCGGAGGCUGCCUAAUCUCUGGACGAUACACUUCGAAUCGUCCCGUGUUAUAAUUUCAGGAGGGAACAAGGCAGGACCUAUUGCAAAGGUUUUCCGCAAUGCGUAA